GAGCAUAUUUUGAACUUGAAAUCAACUCGAGCGCACGUGCCCGAUAUGGAGAAGUUGCAGCAAGAACACUGUUUUCUGAAGAUUUCACUAAGGACUGAAAAUGGAGGGGAGAUUCCAGAAACCCCCACACAAUUGAAGGCUCUGAUAGUCCAGGCUCUUCAGACCCUCCAUGGACAGGUUGGAGCAUCCAUUGCCGUUGACAUUCUCAGUUACCAUAUCCACGAUGAUGUCAUAGGAGGCGGGGCAAGGUGGGGUUCAGCCAUUAUCAGAGCUCCGUACAGGGAGCAAGCAAAAGUGUGGAGUGCCCUAACAAUGUGUGCAGGUCAAGACAAUGUGUGCACUGUUGACAAGGCAUCCCCCAGCCUCAUGUCUCUGGCAGUGAACAGUCGAGACUUUCAAUUUCAGAACUGACUCACUUUAGAGCGAGGGACAAAAACAAAAUGUCAUGGAGUCCAUCUGCUAUAUAGCUGAAGAACACAAAAUUUUGAAUGGACCGGGAAAAUGAUAACAACCACUGUUGUGUGCUGUAUUGUGUGUUUUAAAACAGGUUUCGUACAGAUCAAUGUACAAGAGGUGGUAUGAUUGUGUUACACUGUGCUAGUGAGGAGUCAGAGGGUCUCAAAUCACACUGUAGUUCUGAUAUCUUCUGAUGUAGUACACGGCUCUGCAUACUAGGGCCACUGUCAACAGGUUGAGCACUGCAGCUAACACUGAUCCUCCCAGUGAACUGUCCACGGCUAUCUUUGUCCUGCCCAGCAAUA